AUGGCCACAAAUACUUUGAGGAAGCUUGGUGCUGCCGCCAUCGGGUUAUCUUUCAUGUUCAAUGUGCCAUAUGUUUACACAAGCCAUGUCAGCCCAAGAGCUAUGGUGGAUAAUUGGAGCCAGAUAAUCCCUUCGACUUCGUUGAAUUGGACAUCAUGCUUCCAAAAUUACACAUGUGCCAGAACCACUUUUGAAAGCAUCUUCUUUUCCGAGGUCACAGAUGCUUCUUCUACAUCCUUGGAGACACAGUUCUACUCCUCGAGUUUGUUUGGUCAAUGGUGCAGCAACGCUUUCCACAAUGAGGAUGAACACGGAGUGUAUAUCGACACCUCAUCCGUGGCUCGGGAUAUCCUUUCAUUUGCUAAAGCAGAACAACGCCUUGCAGGCAAAGCUGAGGACAGAGCGGAAGUCUGGUACUACGGACAGAGCUAUGGAACCGUUCUUGGAGCCACCUUUGCGUCACUGUUUCCCAUGCAUGUCGGUCGAUGGAUCUUGGACGGUGUUGUUGAUGCCCAAAACUACUACGAAGGGUCGUGGGAUGCGAACUUAUUCGAUACAGAUGCCGUCUUCCUCACAUUUCCCAAGUAUUGCUACGAAGGCGGCCAGGAGAACUGCUCAUUCUGGGGCCCCUCGGAACAAAACAUCACGGAUCGCAUUAACAAUCUGCUCACGAGGAUCAAACAGGAUCCGAUUCCUGUAUCAGGCAUCCAGCAAGGUGGAACGACGAUAGACCUGGCCACAUAUCCAAAUCUCAAGCAAACGAUGCUCCUUGCGUCAUAUUUUCCUCUGAAACAAUUUCCGGUAUUAGCGACUGCUCUGACGGGCUUGGAAAAUGGCAACGGCUCAAUCAUUACGACCAUACCGGAGAACUAUCUGUGGGGCGCGGAUGCGGCCACGCUGAUAAAGUGUCUUGACUCCUACGGCAAUUAUAACACCACGAGCAUCGACGAGUUUCAAAAUUGGGUCAACAUCCAGACGGCGCAGAGCAAGUUGUUAGGAGACACCUGGUCGACUAAUGCUGCUCCAGUUCUCUGCAGAUCUCUCCACUUGGAUUUAUCCAGGAGGGACAGUUUCCCUGGUCCCCUUCCCCCAUCCAGCAAUCACACACGUUUCCCAGUGCUCUUCCUUAGCAACACGUUAGACCCAGUCAGUCCAAUCCGAGGGUAUGUACAAGAGCUAUCUAGCUCUUCCUACUCCUUGAUGUACACCUUUGCUGACUAG